AUGGCUAGUAGCUCAACAACUGAAGUUCCUUUACCAACACUUCCUCUCUUCAAAGGUGAAGGUUAUGAACGUUGGUGUGUGAAGAUGAAGACCUUGUUCCGAUCUCAAGGACUUUGGAAGGUGGUGGAGAACGGUGUGAUAACAACCGGAACUGAAGCACAGAAAGAAGACAGCCAAAAAGAGGAUGCAAAAGCCAUGUAUUUGAUUCAGCAGGCUGUGGAUGAUCAUAUUUUUGACAGAAUAUCUGCAGCAAAAUCAGCCAAGGAAGCAUGGGAACAGAUACAAAAGCAGCAUCAAGGGCCAUCACGUAUAAUCUCAGUGAGAAGGCAGACGCUGAGGCAGCGUUUUGAAGUGUUGCAGAUGAAAGACACUGAGAAUAUUCAAGAGUAUAUCACCAGGGUUGUAACUAUAGUUAAUCAGAUCAAAGGAUUGGGCUUUGAAAUCACUGAAGAGGAAGUAGUAUCCAAGAUCUUGAGGAGCUUGACUCCAAGGUUUAAUUAUGUUGUAGCAGCCAUUGAGGAGGCAAAAGACAUUUCCAAAAUGUCCCUUGAUGAGUUGACAAGUUCAUUACAAGCACAUGAGAUUAGAAUGGAGAAUGUCGGAGAAAAAGUGGAAGAGAGAGCAUUCCAUGUGAAAGGUGAGUCUUCUGGUGUGCAAAAGUGGAUACCCAGAGGUAGAGGUAGAGGUGUUUUUCAUGGACGAGGACGAGGAAGAGGCCGUGGAAGAGUGUAUGUUCCAAAACAGAAUAGCGGAGGUGAUUAUACAUCACAAGCAAACAAUCAACGGCCAACUAGAAGCUAUAUUCAAUGCCAUAUUUGCAAGCGAUAUGGUCAUUUGAAAGCUGAUUGUCGGUUCAGAAAUAAAGCUGCAGAUACUAAUUUCCUGGAGACAAACAUCUCAAAUGAGCCAACAAAUCUCUUCAUGGUACAAACAACAGGUCAACAUCCAGGUAGCUCAAUAUGGUUGGUAGACAGUGUUGUUCCAACCAUAUGA